GAGGCUUUCUAGAGAAGAUGAAGGACUCAUCGAGAUUUUAAAAUAGGGCCAAGGUGUUGGACUUUGCAGGACCUGUAGUAUUUAAAUAUAGAGAGUAGUGGAAGAGUGUUCUGGACAGAGGAGAGGAAAGGAGCACCGCAGAAAGCAGACACCCCAGUCACCAGUGUCCUUGAUCUGAUCCUGGCGUCUGUUUGUCAGUCCCACAUAAGAAGAACAGCUCACCAGGACGAGAUCCACAGCAGGGUGAGGCCACCAGCACCAUGUUCUGUACGAAGCUGAAGGAUCUCAAUAUCACAGGGGAGUGUCCUUUCUCCUUACUGGCACCAGGGCAGGUUCCUAAAGAGCCAGCAGAGGAGGUGGCAGGAAGCUCAGAGAGCUGCAAAGCCACGCUGCCCAUCUGUCAGGACGUUCCUGAGAAGAAGGUACAAGGAAGUCUCCCUCAAAGAAAGACCAGUCGGAGCCGAGUAUAUCUUCACACUUUGGCAGAGAGCAUUUGCAAAUUGAUUUUCCCCGAGUUUGAACGACUGAACCUUGCACUUCAGAGAACACUGGCAAAACACAAAAUAAAAGAAAGCAGAAAAUCUGUGGAAAGAGAAGACUUUGAAAAAAUGAUUGCAGACCAAGCACUUGCAGCAGGAGUUCCAGCGGAGGUCAUCAAAGCAUCUCUCGGUGAAGAGAUUUUUAAAAUAUGUUAUGAGGAAGAUGAACACAUCCUGGGUGUGGUGGGAGGAACCCUCAAAGAUUUUUUAAAUAGCUUCAGCACCCUUCUGAAGCAGAGCAGCCACUGCCAAGAAGCAGAGAAGGGCCGGCUGGAGGCGGCCUCCAUUCUCUGCCUCGAUAAGGAUCACGAUUUCUUAAACGUUUAUUAUUUCUUCCCCAAGAAGAUCACAUCUCUGAUUCUUCCCGGCGUCAUUAAGGCGGCUGCUCACAUCUUGUACGAAACCGAGGUGGAAGUGUCACUGAUGCCCUCCUGCUUCUGCAGCGAUGGCAGCGAGUUUGUUAACCAGCCUUAUGCCUUAUACUCCGUUCAUGUCAAAAGCACCAAACCGUCCCUGUCCCCAGGCAAACCCCAGUCCUCGCUGGUCAUCCCUGCUUCUCUCUUCUGCAAGACAUUUCCGUUCCAUUUCAUGUUUGACAAAGACAUGACGAUUCUGCAAUUUGGCAACGGCAUCAGGAGGCUGAUGAACAGGAGGGACUUGCAAGGAAAGCCUAAUUUUGAAGAGUACUUUGAAAUUCUGACUCCGAAAAUCAACCAGACAUUUAGCGGAAUCAUGACUAUGUUGAAUUUGCAAUUUGUGCUCCGAGUGAGGAGAUGGGACAACUCUGUGAAGAAAUCUUCAAGGGUUAUGGACCUCAAAGGCCAAAUGAUCUACAUCAUUGAAUCCAAUGCAAUCUUGUUCUUGGGCUCACCCUGUGUGGACAGAUUAGAAGAUUUUACAGGACGAGGGCUCUACCUCUCUGACAUCCCAAUUCACAAUGCGCUAAGGGAUGUGGUCUUGAUAGGAGAACAGGCCAGAGCUCAAGAUGGCCUUAAGAAGAGGCUGGGAAAACUGAAAGCCACUCUUGAGCAAGCCCACCAGGCUCUGGAGGAAGAGAAGAAGAAGACAGUUGAUCUUCUGUGCUCUAUAUUUCCCUCCGAGGUGGCACAGCAGCUGUGGCAAGGGCAAGUCGUGCAAGCCAAGAAGUUCAGUAACGUCACCAUGCUUUUCUCAGACAUUGUUGGGUUCACUGCCAUCUGCUCCCAGUGCUCGCCGCUGCAGGUCAUCACCAUGCUCAAUGCGCUCUACACACGCUUUGACCAGCAGUGUGGAGAGCUGGAUGUCUACAAGGUGGAGACCAUUGGUGAUGCAUAUUGUGUGGCUGGGGGAUUACACAAAGAAAGUGAUACCCAUGCUGUUCAGAUAGCGCUGAUGGCCCUGAAGAUGAUGGAGCUCUCUGAUGAAGUCAUGUCUCCUCAUGGAGAGCCUAUCAAGAUGCGAAUCGGACUGCAUUCUGGGUCGGUUUUUGCUGGAGUUGUUGGAGUUAAGAUGCCUCGUUACUGUCUUUUUGGAAACAAUGUCACCUUGGCUAACAAAUUUGAGUCCUGCAGUGUACCACGGAAAAUCAAUGUCAGCCCAACAACUUACAGAUUACUCAAAGACUGUCCCGGUUUUGUGUUUACCCCUCGAUCAAGGGAAGAACUUCCACCAAACUUCCCCAGUGAAAUUCCUGGAAUCUGUCAUUUUCUGGAAGCGUAUCAACAAGGAACAAAUUCAAAACCAUGGUUCCAAAAGCAAGAUGUUGAAGAUGGCAAUGCCAAUUUUCUAGGCAAAGCAUCAGGAGUAGAUUAGUGAAAUAUAUACCUGAUGAUUAGUCUUUGGGGUUUGACUCCUUAUAGCUUGUGUAGAAUCUCUGAAAGCACUUUAGGAUGCAGGUGGUUAAAAGCAGCAUUAAAAUUUCAGGAGCUAAUUCCGAAUUUCGACCUAUUCUUCCACUUAACGUGACAAAAAUGUAUUCACUUCAAGACUUCAGCUCUUCAGUGAAAAUAAAAAGGAAACCUUGAAAAGUGACUUUUGGGGGAGAUUUCUGUUAUAUAACAAUCACUAGCUGUACUCAAAAUUUAGCACAUUGUACAUAUAUCAGGUCAUUGUAGCAGCCUGUACAAUGUGAUGGAGCCACUUGCAGUCUUGUGUCCUGGUGGAAUGCCAUGGUUAUUGGUGUGUUUGUGAUAGUGCUGCCUUAAAAAAGCUUUUGAAUAGAAAUCAUAGUCUUCGAUACCGUAAGCUCUUUGAGCCUUUCAAUGCUGAGUUUUAUUACGUUUUCUCAUUUAAUUUUUAGCAUAUAUGACAAAAUGGAUUGAGGGAUUUUUUUUCUGUUGCACUUUUUUUUUCUUUUUUUAAGAAAAUAAGCAAUUCUGGGUUAGAUGCAAUAUGGAUAUAAAAUAGGUCUUCUGUAAAUAUCAAAGAUUAUUUUACCAAAAUAUUCUUCAUAACAUCAUGUGCCAUUAACAAUAAAUAUUUCCUUUUGUUUGACAUUUUUUUUAUUCCACAUAUGGUAAAGGCUAUUUUAAUUCAUAUUAGCAAUUUAAUUCCUAUUAAUUAAUUUCUAUGUUAUAGCAUUCAGAAUAAAAGAGGCUUAUAGCCUAUAUUAAAAUGCAAUAAUAUCAUUCUGAUUUAAUUCAACCAGAAGCAACAUGGGAAGAAAGUAAGCAUUUAGGGAACACAACAUAAAGUACGGAAAUAAAGUAUUUACAUGUGCAUACACCCCCCCAUAAACACACACACACACACACGCAGUAAUUUGGGUCUAUUUCAGCAGACAUACUCUAUUACCAUGCUGAGCCAUAAAGAGUUUCAGUAAGAAAAUCUAAGUUCAGAAGUAGGAAAUAAGGCUUGUUCUUUUCUGACAGUGUAUUUUUAAGUAUUUGUGUUGAAUACUUUAGAGUGUGGAUAUUUCCUAAGAAUCAUCAGGUUUUUUGUUUUAUUUUGUCUCAUUAAGUACACAUCUGUGAAUGUUUUAUUCUAGUUGAAGUAUCUCAAUGAUAUUGCUUAAAUAGAAUGUUAGUGUUUAUGAAGAAAAUUAUGCUGUGAUUUUUAUUAGGGAAAAUUUUAAACAUUUUUCUGGAUCUUGAACUUUAAUUUUUAAUAUGUUAGUCUAAGAUCUCUGAUGAACGAAACUUUAAAAAGGCUUUGAUUUUAAAAGAGCUCAACUUCAAAGCAAGAAAAAGAUGAACAUUAUAAUUUUUAAAUCACUAUUAGCAGAGCCAUAGAUAAACUGAAUGCUUAUUUGGGGUUCUAAAAAGUAAUUCAAUUAAAAAGUUUUUUAAUUAUCUUCAGUAGUUCCCAGGCUACCCCAUGGUGACCUCAGGAAUAAAAAGUAAUUACUGAUUGGCCUCUAACAUCUCAUAUGUACCACUAUAGAUAUUUCAAUGAUUAUUAUUUACUAAGUGAUUCCCCAAUAUUUCGAAGUACUGAAUGUGUCUCAUUAAAUACCAGUCAUAUUGCUAUAGGUGUUGGGAAAAUAUAUAGUCUCACAAUUAUAUGAAGUUAAUAAAAGUACUUAAAAGGAAAAUAAAGACAAAUACAUUUUUCUGUCUGUAACUGAACCCUUAUAAUAGGGAAAGUAAUAGGAAUUAAAGGAAAUUUAAAAGCAUAAAAUAAAAUGUCUCCUUUAUAAAAAUAUU